UGUCAAGAAUCAUGGACUGUUUUUAUAUGCCUUGUUUUCUGUCAAGACACCAUGAUUCCUGGUAACCAAAUGCUGAUGGUCGUUUUAUUAUGCCAAGUCCUGCUAGGAGGCGUGAGCCAUGCUAGUUUGAUACCUGAGACAGUCACCGAAAUCCAGGGCCAUUCGGGAGGACGCCGCCCAGGGCAGAACCAUGAGCUCUUGCGGGACUUUGAGGCUACACUGCUGCAGAUGUUUGGGCUUCGUCGGCGGCCCCAGCCUAGCAAGGGCGCUGUCAUCCCGGAUUACAUGCGAGAUCUCUACCGGUUGCAAUCUGGAGAAGAGGAGGUGGAGAAGGAGCAAAUCCUGAACAUCACCCUGGCGUAUCCAGAGCGUUCUACUAGCCGAGCCAACACUGUGAGGUGUUUCCAUCACGAAGAACAUCUGGAGAGCAUCCCAGGGACCAGAGAAAACCCUGCUUUUCGUUUUCUCUUUAACCUCAGCAGCAUUCCAGAAAAUGAGGUGAUCUCUUCUGCAGAGCUCCGGCUAUACAGAGAACAAGUUGAUCAGGGCUCUGACUGGGAGCUGGGUUUCCAUAGGAUCAACAUUUAUGAAGUCAUGAAGCCCCCAGCAGUGUCCAUGCCCAAUAGCCUCAUUACUCGACUACUAGACACCAGAUUGGUCCAUCACAAUGUGACUCAGUGGGAAAGUUUUGAUGUAAGCCCUGCAGUCCUACGAUGGACUCAUGACAAACAGCCUAACCAUGGGCUUGCUAUUGAGGUGACUCAUAUUCAUCAGAGAAGUACCCACCAGGGUCACCAUGUCAGGAUUAGCCGAUCUUUACCUCAAGGGAGUGGGGAUUGGGCCCAGUUCCGACCCCUUCUGGUCACUUUUGGCCACGAUGGCCGGGGACAUACCCUGAUCCGCCAUCGAAGGGCUAAGCGCAGUCCAAAGCACCAUCCACAGAGGUCCCGAAAAAAGGGCAAGAACUGCAGGCGCCAUCCCCUCUAUGUGGACUUUAGUGAUGUAGGCUGGAAUGAUUGGAUUGUGGCCCCCCCAGGUUACCAUGCCUUCUACUGCCAGGGGGACUGCCCCUUCCCACUCACGGACCACCUCAAUUCUACCAACCAUGCAAUUGUUCAGACCUUGGUGAACUCUGUCAAUUCUAGCAUCCCUAAAGCUUGCUGUGUACCCACAGAACUGAGUGCCAUUUCCAUGUUAUACCUAGAUGAGUAUGACAAGGUUGUACUUAAAAACUAUCAGGAGAUGGUGGUAGAAGGAUGUGGGUGUCGCUGAAACUUGGGCAGCUCUUGGUGGGUAGGGGAGAGGAUACACAAAUGCACACACAUACGUAUUCCCACACAUCCUCUCACCCAGCCACUUACCCAUACAGACUGACCCCUUAUAGCGGGACUUUUAAAUCUUUUUUGAAAAAGAAAAGCAACACCCUAAACAUUCACCUUGACCUUAUUUAUGAUUUUACGUGCAAAUGUUUUGACCAUAUUGAUCAUAUAUUUUGACAAAAUAUAUUUAUAACUAUGUAUUGAAAAUAAAAUGUCAUUAUUUUAAAGGUAA